CUGCGACCGCCAUGGAACGCAGUUGAUCGCGCGUCAGUGCGUAUGGCGUUAAUACCACCGCAUUUAUUUCAUUCAAAAAUAUUUUGUUCACAUCAUCAUUUAUGAAUUAACAUUGAACAAGUGUUGUAUUUUCUUUUGUAAAACUUUACGCGAACAUGGCUGUGAGAGAGUGUUGUUGUGGUGAACUGUCGCUUAACAAAAAAUCGAUUUUGGGAUUCAGAAUGAGGAGCCAAAUAUUGUAUUUACUGUUGGUCGCUUGUUUUGUACACGCGACCGCGGCGGAGCCGGAGCCUACAUGUGUGAGGGCGAAGAAUAUAUUCGAGAAGAGCAAGAUGUUAGCAGCCGUCAACAUUCAGGAGCAGCCGAACUCAGACGCAGACGGACUAUGCCUCAGCAAAGGGUGCUGCGGCGCGGGCGCACACUCGAGGCUUACGCAGCUUGCGCGAACGCAGAUAGAGGGCGCUUUGCAAAGCGAGCUUGGCAAGCUGGCUGACGUGCUGGCGAACCGCGCGAAAAGGGUUAACGAAUUCUUCAAGAAGCUGCUACACAUGUCUCGCGAGGAGUUUCACAACAUGUUCAAACGCACGUAUGGAAUGAUCUACGAACAACACUCUUACGUCUUUGAGCAGCUCUUCGAAGAACUAGAAAGGUACUACACUCAUGGAGACAAGGAAUUCGACACCAUGAUGGACAAGUUCUUCGGGAUCCUCUACCAGAAAAUGUUUGCGGUGCUCAACUCACAGUACAGCUUCGACGAAAAGUACCUCUCGUGCGUGAAUGAGCACAUGCGCGAGAUCCGUCCCUUCGAGGACGUGCCGCAGAAGCUUUCGGUGCAGCUUCGGAGAGCUUUCGUCGCCACUAGAACCUUCCACAAAGCGCUGCAAGCGGGCGCUGAAGUCGUGCGGAAUGUUAUGCAGGUGGGCGUGACAUCAGAGUGCGUGACAGCAUGGGCUCGGCUGCGCUUCUGCGGCGGCUGCUCGGGCGACGAGACGCCGGCCUGCAGCCGCUACUGUCACAACGUCAUCCGCGGCUGUCUGCCCGCACACGCCGAUUUGGGCGAGCAGUGGGAUGCGUAUGUCGAGGCCGUCGACAAGGUAGCAGACCGCCUCCUCGGCCCGUUCAACAUCGCCAUGGUAGUCGAACCCAUCGACAUCAAGAUCUCGGAGGCCAUCAUGAGUUUCCAGGAGCACAACCAGGAGAUCUCGCAGAAGAUCUUCGCAGGCUGCGGCAAGCCAGUGUUAGGCGGCGGUGGCGGCGCCGCCGGGCCUUUCUUCGCGCCGGACCGGGCCCGCCGGUCGGUCCGAUCGAUACCGGACUUCGAUUGGAAUCCGAAGGCGAAUGACGUGGAUGAUUUUGAGGUGGAGGCUUCGUUUGAGAGCGUGUUGAACGAUGACCCGUCCCUUCUUGGGUUAAAGUCGUCCGCUGCGAUCAAGAAAGCAACGGAGGAGAUGGCCGAGCAAGCCAAGCUGAGGGAACGUUUUCUGCAAUACAUGCGCGGGCAUAUUGACUUGGAGCAGUACGAGGAGUAUGAGGAGCACGACCGUACUCGCCGGGAGGCCGAACCGGGCCCGGAGGCGGCGCCGGCGCCGGCCGGCUCGGAAAUUGACUUCAGGACGUUUGAGUUUGACGGCAAGAGGGGCUCCAAGAAGAAGAAGACGUCUGCUAAGACCGAUGAUGUUCACGGUUCAGAAUGGGGAGGCGUGGCGUUGGAGCGAUUAGUUCGCGAGACGCGCGCGCGAUUGCGCACGUGGCGGCGCUACUGGAGCCAGCUGCCGGCUUUGUUAUGUACUAGUGUCAGCAUCACGUCUGCGCCUUGCUUCAAUGGGAGUGCUGUUGGCAGCUACAGCGUAGCACCAGCGGGAGAAGGCACAGCAGCACUAGCGUCCAACCCGGAGGUACGCGGCGCGGCGCUGGCGGCCGGCGGAGCGGCGGCGCGUGCUCAGACCGAGCGCUUGCGAGCGCUGACCGCGCAUAUGAAGGACGCGUACAAUGGGGUCGAGGUGCAGUGGAGGGAUACUGACAGCCCACAGCUAUCGCAGCCGCGACAGGACUUCGUGGACGGCUCUGGCUCGGGCUCCGGCGACCGCGAGGACGACGACGACGGCGGCGACGACGACUUCGAGUACCCUGAGCCAGGCUCCGGACACAUUCCACCAGAGUUCGACGACACGUCUGACACAGAAACAGAACAGAGCCCGGCGCCGGUUCCGGAGGCGCCUUUCGUGCCCGGCGUGGUCGAUUCACCUCCAACCAGCAACGUCAACAUUCGCGGUCGAGCCGAGGAGCCGCCGGCGCCGGACGCCGCCGGUCCGGCGCCGGUGCCGGCACGGGACGAGCCCGUGGCCGGUUCCGCAGACCGACCGUCGCUAAGGCAAGCGCUGUUCACGUACGCUCUGCCGGUUGUUUGCGCGUGGUUCGGGUCGAUAGUGACGGAUCUGUUCUAAGGGACUACGGUGUACGGAGUUAUGUGGAGUGAUCGGAUUUAAACAUUUAUCAAUUAAUCGCAAAGGAUCGAUAAAAGCUGUUUGGAAAAAAGGCCUUUAAUCGCAAAAAAGAAAUACGUCAGACUGGCUCCAGUGUAAUUUAAAUAAGAUUAUUAAUAAGAGUAAUUUAUCUUAUGCUGGACGCAUCAAAUGCUGAAAGAUACACUUUUAUAGUCAAGGUAUCUGAUGAUUGAAGUCAUAAAGAUGAUCGAACUGGUCUAUUGCACUAGCUAGAUAUAAAUUGAAAUCAAAAGAGAAAAUGGAAGAUUACUCCACAUAUUCAAACACGAUUUUUGGCUCGAAAUCUCCGUACAAACGACGUAGCGUUGUAGUUAGCCUAGUCAGAGCCCGGACAAGCCGCGCCACUGUGAUAUAGUUGAGUGACUUCGGAACAGGACGAACUAUCAACAAAUAAGUUUCGGUGAAGUGAUUAAUUUAUUUUACCAUACACGUGGACGACAAUAACAUUGGACUUAUUUUUGUGAUCGGCAACGUUGUUGUUACAAGAAAAAUUAUCAAUCAGCCAAAUUUACGUAUUUAUUAAAUUUUAAUGAUCUUUUCCUUUUGUAAAUAAUUGUAAAAUAUAAUUAAAUUAGAUAGUGAAUUUACGUUAAUCUUUCAUGGGUAUGUAUGAUGUAUGUGCGUUUUAUACGGUUUCUGCGAGUGAUGUCACACUAAUUUUAUUUUCAAGAAAUAUUUUUAUUUCUUUGAAAGCUUGUCUCUGAACGUUAUCGUCGUGAUGUCACCUAAGAUCGCAUUGAAUGUUUAUAAAUAAAUAAAUGUACAUAAAAUUAGACAUAGCGCUUAAACUUAAGAGACUGAUUUGCUUUCAAAUACAUGGUUUGUUUAAAAAUUUAUAGCUAUUUCUUCGAGCUAGGUUAUCGUCUAAUUUUUAAUCGACUGAUGUAAUACUAUGUAAUAAUAAUGCUUUUAGUUUUAUUAUUAUGUUUAACGAUUGGGCGAUUUCUUGAUCAAUUAUAAUUUAUAACAAAACUAAAUGCCGGAUCGGAUAUCGAGUAUUUUAUAUUAACUUAUUUAAUUGAUUUAAUCGGUGCUUUCUAUGUAUUUAUCUAAAUAAUCCGGCGGCCAUAUUUGCUUUAAUUCGUUCUAAUCGCCCUUCGGUAGCACUUGUUAUUUAUAAAAACAAAUUUGGCUUCAGCUUUACUUUGCUAGUUUAAUAUUGUUUUAGAGAACAUUAUUCUAUUUUAUAUUAUUGGUUAAGCUUUGUGCUCCAGGCUAACUUUAGUACUGAUCUAAAUUAAAUACUGAUUUUAGUCUACAACAAAAAUCUUGAAACUCAUCGUAAGUAUGACUACGAUUUUAAGUCACAUUAUAGCUCAGCGUGUUAAAAAGGGUCCAUUCUGUAUUUAAAGACAGUGUAUAAAAUAAGAUAAUUUAUAUCUUUCUUUAGAUGUCAAAUGAUCCUUAACGUGCUAAAGAAUAGAUCUUGUGACCAUAUGCAUUGUAUCACAGUUAGCUUGGAAACAUAGAGUUAGUUUAACACGCCGGGUGCUGUGUAGUCACUCAUUCAGAAUAUUGUUAUACCCAGUGUACGUAAUGGUUUGCCAUGAAGUAGAUAUGUUGUGUAAAGAAUUGGGCUCCUUUUUGAGUUUUUUACUAUUACCUAAACAAAACAAAUACACAUCAUUCAGAAGUGUUUAUAAUAGUAUUGAAAGUUUAUUGUUAGUGAAAAUCUCAGAAUUGGAUCUUUUGUUUAUUUGUGUUAUAGUCAAGUACGUUUUAGGCACUCUUGUUUUGACUAGUCAAUCAGAGUUCAUGGCAAAAUCACAUUAUAAAUCAACUAUUGGAACACUCAAUGGAAGUAUUUAGUAUCAAGAUCUUGUAGUCAGCAGAUUUUUAGAGACAUCAAUCAAUGACCGAUCAGAUUCUUUGGCGAUUACAUAUCGUACUUUGAAAUUUACAAAACCUGUAGGCUAUAAGGUCUUGGUAGGACUUCACUUUGUUUACGGUCUCGUCAAACUAGGAUGGAGUGGUCAUGUUUGUAUUCGGCUAUAAUUCGGAAAUAGUGUGAAAUCUGUAAGAAAUGAAAAUAUGUACAGUCACUAAGUGCUAGUAUAGUUGCGUAUAGAUGUUAUAGUCAGAUCAAGUUAUAAUGCAAAUAUGCAUAAAUACGCGCACAAUAAGAUAACUUGAUAUUUUUCCAGUGGGAUUCAGGACUAAAUAGUUUUCUAGGCCCGUAGAUUAUGCACUGAGUACCUAUAUCAAAUCAUGGUCAUAUUAAAGAUAUACCUUAGCACUAUUUAUAGAACAAAUUUGGCAAAAGGUAGAAUAAAUCGAGUCAUAGAGUAAGACAGCGACAUCCCUAUUUCUAAAGUUAUGUUCACACUUGCGGGGCGAGUUCCGUACGUGCGUUCUGUUAAAGGGACACUAGCUAAGUAAUAUAAAAGUAUAUUGAAGUUAUGUAUGAAAUACGAUGUUGCUGACUUAAUUUAUGUAUGACUCACAUGCUUGCAAUAAUAAUCGUGCGAGCUACGGGGACCAAACAAUUUUAUCAGUGCGAUGUGCCAUCUACUUUAGGGUAUGUAUGUAUACGUACAUAAACAAUACACGAUUGUACAUUCUGUGACACGUUUCAUUUGAACGUAAUUUAAGUAUGUGGUCAUAGGAAAUAUACCCUAUAUUGAUCAUGGUUGGGUUCAAUUUAGAGAUUGGUGUCACAGAAUGUGCAACUUGAAAAUAUUUAUUGUGUCCUUCGUUUCAAAUCGAGCACAAGAAUUAGAAUAUUUGAAAGCUGUAUCAUUGAAUGUAUAUAGUCAAAUAACUAUGUAUACUGGAUCAGUGUGUAGGAUCGUGCUUUUAUUUUUAUAUAUUUGAUGGAAUUUUGAUGUUUCAAAAUAAAAAAAUAUGGAUUUGGACGUUGUAAAUAUUAUUUAGCUUGUUUAUCAAAUGUAGAAAAGAAGACUUAAGCUUCAUUUGCGAUAUUUUUUGUUUUUGAUACAUGGUUUACUCGUAAGAGAAUGUUAGAACAUAUUUUACCAAUAUUAUGGGGCAUAGACGAAGUUGUUAUUUAUGAUUAUAUAAGCCGAUUAUAUAUCCAAUGCAUUAAACGUUACUAUGGAAUGUAGUUUUUAUACGGUUUGUAGUUUGACAGGGUAAAUAGUUGAAUCACUGCCACGAUUUCACAGUACGGUUUGAAUAUGAGAUAAUAAACGUCGAAUAUAUCGUUAUUUAAUGCAGGAUAGUUUGUAAAGCCUGGUAUUCAUUGUAGGCGUUGUCUGAUUGCAAUUUUGCGUCAUGUUUUUUUUUACAUAUGGACGUUUCCAAACUUGUCGCCCGAAGUUGCAAGACACUUGUAACGGGUCGCAGAUAGUGCCCCAGUGUAUACGAAGUUUUAUUGCUAUAAUAUUUAGUAAUCUGGUCUGAAAUUAUUAUUAUUGUACUUUUAAAUUACCCGUUUUAAAACUUAAAAAUACGCACUCUGUUCUAAAUGUACUGCUCAUUUCUUAGUUACUGUUUAUUCGAUAUUUUUUGCAAUGGCAAUUCACAAGUUUAAGCUAUCACGUGACAAGUUUCUUGGGGAAAAUCUAGUCAGUCAGAUGUGUUGGGUUAGAGGUGCUGUGUCGCAUGAUAUAACGGCGUGUUUUCCCCAGUUCUUGUGACGAUGGCCUGGAUGCAAUGUUAUACUUCCAAAUACUGUAGAAUUGUCCAAUGAAAACUUACAGAGGUUUUGUUGAUCUUUGGUGCAGUGUUGCCACUUUCUAAUUUAUUCUUCCUUGGAUAUUUUGAUUUUUUUACUGUAUAAAAGACUAAAAGUAAUAAAGAUGGUUGAUUUUCAAGUGAAUAGUGCUUUAUAAGUUUUACAGUUCGAUUUCGUAAAUUUAUUGGCAGUUCUACUGUAAUCCUUUAUGUGUUGAUGCCCUUAUAUAGCUUGUAGAUAUCAAAAUAUACUUUUUCAUUAAUGUUGCUGUAUAAUGAUUUUUAUAAUGUAUUUGUAUACUACUCAAAAGCUCAUGUAAUGUUUUAUAAUCUUUAGUAUAUUAUUACAAUUACCAAAUAAAUUGUGCAAAUCUAAAGUUUUGGAACGUUUUGAGGCAAAAUUGAUUUAUUCAGAGCAAUAGAGUGUAACGUUCGGUAGACUAACUAAAUUUUUAUAAAGAUAUAUUAUGUAGGUAUAAAUUUGUGUACAUAAAUAAAAAAAUAACAUGUA